AUUUGGCAGCUGGAGGGGCUGGCGACUAACAGGCCACAACAGGUCCUGAACCUUUCUGGCUCUGCGGAGUGGUGGCUCCAAGGGUGGGGAUGGGGAAGAGAGAGGAUGGUUCAGUGCAAAUGGAACUUCGUGUGCAAGCGUGCGUGCCUGCUGCUUGUGCAAAUGGGGUUUUGCACACACACCUGCCCCUUGCCAGGACCCCAGAGUGGGAAAGCAGGUAAGACUGCAAACCUCCCGUCCCUGAAAUGCAGCCAUUUCUUGAGAAACUCAGGUCUCUCUCUCUCCCCCCCCCCCCCCCCCCCCCCCCCCCCCCCGCAGUUAUUGAAGAUCUGACCCACAAAACGGGGAAUUUCAAGCAAUUUGGGAUCUUCUGCAACAUGCUGGAAUCCGCCCUGGCUCAGAGCAGCGAGUCUGUAACAUUGGACCUCCUCACCUACGCAGACCUGGAGGCGCUGCGGAACAGGAAAAUCGGGGUGGGACCCCGACAUCCCUCAGCCUCCAAAACCUCCCCCUUGAACUCCAAGCGUUACCUCAUCCUGAUUUACUCCGUGGAAUUUGACAGGAUCCAUUACCCCCUACCCCUGCCCUACGUUGGAAAGCCGGAUCCGGUGGUCCUGCAGAAAGUGAUCCGGGAGCUGAAGCAGGAAUUGGCCAUGUUGAAGGCUAAGCCAGGCAAGGACUUCCGGGACGUGGAGAUCCGUCGUCUUCGGGAGGAGCUGCAGCGCGCUCUGGAGGAGAAGCAGCUGAUGGAGUCGGUGCUGCUGAACUCCCAGGAGGAGCUGCAGGUGGCCGCCAAGGGCAGCGGCUUGAAGGAGGUGAAGAUCCUGAAGAAGGUGGUGCAGACGCUGGAAGAGCAGCUGGCCAAGGAGCGGGCCAAGCACCAGCGCCUGGCCGCCCGGCGCCUGCAGGAGAGCCGGCAGCUGGCGGACGAGCUGGCCGAAGUGAAAGCGGCCGAGAGAAGCCUCCGGAUCCGUGUGAAGAACCUAACCAACGAGCUGGCUUUAUACAAAAAGGGAAGGCAAGUGGUCCUCGCUUAACGACCGUUCAAAGUUACAGCAGUCUCCGAA